AUGAUUGUGAAUUCCGAGGAUCUUACAGAGAAAGGACCAGCAAUAGUUCGCGAUUGUUGGAGUCGUGUGAUGAAAGCUGUCGACGAAAAGUUUCGUUACUCACCGGGUGAUGUUAAUCAGGUUGAUACUGAUACUACUUUUAAAAUUCAAUCGUUUCACCCAGAACGUCCAACUAGCCUUUCUGACUGA